GAGUUUGUCGCCGGGGAGCCGCGGGAGACAGCGCGUCUGCUGCACGCCGCGCUGCAGUGGCCGCACCUCGCCGGCACCCUCGCUCCACACUUCACGCCGAACUGCGGCGGCGCGGCGGCGUUCACGCGCCUGUACGCGAGCGUCGUCGAGGCGGCCGUCGCGCAGGGAAGCGACAUGGCCUUCAUGAUGCUCACAAAGUUUGACCUGCAGUGGUGGUUCAGCGAAUCUAACCCUACGCUGUCGGACAGGACGGUGUUCCUAGACAGCAUCGUACAGGCCAUGUAUUACACCAGCCAGCAGUCAGACGCGGACGUCAUGAUGGGGAUCUACAGACAGCAUCUGCUACAGCUGCUCACGCACCGCUUCCCGGACCUGUACGGCGCGACGCUGCACGCACUGCUAGAGGGCGCUGUAAACCACUGCAUCGACAUCGAGACGUGGAACGCGUUCCUGCGAACAAUGGGCUGCGACCCGAUCAGCGGAGACAGCAGUGACGCCCCCUGUCAGCUGUCGCUCACACAGAGCAAGAGCACGCUGUCCAGCCCUAAGAUACCCGAGCACUUUCUGAAGACUUAUCACUCACAGCUGAUCCAGCUGCGAUGGGACCUGUUCCUACCGUCCGCACAAGAUUUCGAGACCAUGCUCAAGGUGAGAGAGACUCACCCGCCGGCGUCCACCUGCUUCCUUGGUCAGAUCGCCGUGCGGUUGCCGUGGCAACGCAUCAUGGAGUUGGCCGACGAGCGUCUGCUGGAGCCGGAGGAGGCCGGUCGUCUGCAGAGGGCCGUGCUGUGUCUGCUCGUGCAGCUGGGCUGUGACUCACAGCUGGCCGAGUCUACGUGCGACCUCGCCCCUCUCCUGCAGCAGGCAGCUGGCUUCAGCUGGCAUCACCUGGAUGCGGAGAGCUUCACGGAGGCUGCGCAGUGGUACAGGACCAACGGCGACCCCAGCUGUUUGAUCGCCGAUACCAAGGACCGGUCGGCUGGCCUGCUGAGGUUACUCAAGGAGGCAGCGGGACUCGGCCGUGAGUGUGCUAGCAGCAGCGGUGGGGAAGCUCUCAGCAAGCACUGUUCCUACCUGCGCUGCUUCGUACACAUGCUCUGCGGGCUGGCGCAGACUCCGGGCAGCGACCUGGAGCGAAUACAGACGGUGUUCACCGCCCUGCUGGCUGAGACAGAAGCCAUCGCAAUCACAGGUGCUGCCCCGGGCACCGACGCCCGCUACGCCAUCGCGACGUGGAGUGAGAUCCUGGGAGCGCUGAACGCGUGCGGGUGUCCGCGCGCCGCCGCCUCGCUCGCCGCCGCCCUCCAUCGCUGGCUCACGGAAUCACGCAGCGUCCGGCAGCUGUGCGCCGUCGUCACGGCCAGCGCAAACGUCGUCGACGUGCGCCAGAUGGCAGCACUGUGCGAGGCGUGCACCGACAGCUACUUCCAGGCCGACCGGGCGACGUCGGCGGGUGCCGGCUGGACGAACAUCGUCCGCGCGCUCAGCGUGCCGGAGUUGACGCGAGCUGACUUCAUCAGGGUAUGCGUGCAGGAGUGCUACCUGCUUACCCUGUACGGCCACGCCCUGCAGUGCCUUGUCGGUGCCGGGACCGUAGCGCAGAGAGGAGUGGUGCUAGACUGCGUGCUGCACUGGUUCAAGACUGCCGAUCCAAGGUUCCGCUUCCUCUGCCGCGUCAUGGCGACGUUCCUCUCCGCGCAGAUGCCGCAGUCGUCGUGCCUCCGCCUCGAGCCGCACGCGCCGGGACAUCUGCAAGAGGGCGCCACCGGGCCGCCUGCGACGGAGGCGACGCAGCAGCUCUUCGCGCAGCUGGGCGCGAUCGAGCGAAAUCGCGCGUACGCCGGUUACCGCGGCGACGCCGCCGAGAUGUGCGAGUUCGUCGCCGACCCCGCCCACAGCCUGCGCGACGUGCGGCGCCUGCUGCGCCUCCUGGUGGAGAAGCUGUUUCCGAACGUCGCCUACCUGCACGUGCUGAGCGCCACCUAG